AAUGAAAGCCACAGCGCCUUACUGACAGGGAAAUCAACCAAUCAACGCUGGAUAUGGAGUUGUUGUUUCUAGUUGUCACUUUCACACAUAGCACCGCAUGAACUCAUCAAACUCUUUCAAACUGUGUUCCUUUUUAGAUAUACUUAGCUUAUACUUAUGAUUUCUGUGUAGAAAAGCGCAAGUGGAGUAAACUUACCAGGGACUGGGUAAAAAACUACUUUUCGAGUUCAACAAAUUCUGCCUGCUCAUCACAAGAAGGUGGGGGCAUGUGAUAUCAUGAUCAAGUUAUCUGGCUACUGGCUAACCUCGAUAGAGACCGUGAAAACAAGCCCUGCAUUGUCCGGACAGAAGCGAUGUAGCUAUCUUGUUGUACAAAUCGUGUUUCUCGACGCAAUUAACGGAAAAAAGUGAAGAUGGUUCACGUAUACAACUGCCACCCCUUCGCUUCCCAGCAAAUCGUGCCAGCCGAACAGGAGCCGGGGUUGGUGUGUUGUGGCGGGGGUGCCUUGUUUGUGGUGUCCGCGGGAGGAUGCAAGAUCGAGGCAUUUCAACUAGAAGAGGAGGGGUGUCCUCUUAUCUGCCGCUUCGCCACCAUGGGAACUGUGCAGAGCAUCCUGCACAGCGAGAUAGGUGUGCGACUUUCUUAAUCACACUUCACCUUUCCGUCUUUGCGCAGUUGUUUACUCACAUAGUUUAUAAACCGAGGUACAGCAUCGCGAGACUUCCGGGAACGCUUGCCAAACAGACCAGGCCAGGGUUAGAGGUUUGAAAAGUCAAUGAGUGAAACAUUCUUCCUUAGCUGUUAAUUUUCUCGAAAUCUAAAGGCACAACCUCGAUUCGAGCCAAUGGCUUAAGUAGUUGAACAUGUUAUUACUCCAACCCUUGUGAAAGUGACAAACUAACACGUUUUCAUUUUCAUAAAAAACUACUUUAUAUCAAAGGAGUGCCUUUGAUUUGAUGGCCUGCCCAUACGAAAAAAGAUUGCAGUCAGAAUAGAGUGCAGCAGGGGCGCAACUUUGGUUUUAGAAGUGGGGGUGACAUUAUUAUUAUUUGUUUUUGUUUUUAUCCAGUCGGAUAAACACUGUAAAAAGCAUAUCUCGUUUUGUAAACUGGGGGGGACAGAAAUGCCAUUUCAGAAUGUGGGGGGGACAUGUCCUCUCUGCCCCCAGUGAAAGUAACUCUAGUUAGAGUGCAGUAUAACUGCAGUAUGCUGCAAUUACUGCGUCCAAAAUACCACAGUCGGCUGCAGUUACUGCACUUUUACUGCAGUUUCAAAACUGCAAUCGUUUUUUUGUAUGUGUGCAAAUGCGCCGUUCAGAUCAAGGCGACCGUUAGACCCGAUGACGUUUCUAUGCAUGAGCUUUGCUAGCCACCGUCGCCAUGACAUCAGCUAAAAGUGUGAUCGGGGAUUUCUAUUGCAGAAGCAGUUUUAGCUUCAUACUGUACUGUCUUUGGUUUACUGCUGAGUGAGUGACGUGCAUCAGCAUGUGUGUAUAGCUAGAGUUUGUGAAUGCAGUCAAAGGAAAAAAAACAAUAGUCUAAUUUGGAUCCCUCGUAAAAAGUGUCUUACAUUGAAAAUUAAUUCAUCCAGCCUAAUUUCCCACAGAAUAUACACAGAAUAUAAAUGAAUGAAUAUGGAAUAUAAUAAUUUAAUAACUCUCCACUCAUGACAAUCUCCUCAUCCGUGUUCUCACCUCCUCUCCCCUCUGUCCUCCCCUGUCACCCCAGGGGACUACCUGGUGACCAUCGAGGAGAAGAACAAUGCCACCUACCUCCGCGCCUACACCAACUGGCGCUACCAGGCAGCCGAGAAGACCCGUGUGGGUGUGCGUCUGCUGGGCCACUUCCUGCGUGGCUCAUCCCUGUGUGGAGCUCCCAAGGAGCAGAUGGAGAUCAUUGAGAUCCCGCUGUUUCAGCGUCCACUGUGUGUAGCGUGUUGUGGGGUGACAGGGGACCUGCUGGUGGGGUGUCCUAAGAGCCUGGUGCUGUUUAGUCUCAAGAGACAGGCCCUCAACGACAAGCUCUCCAUCCUGGACUUUGAGCGUUGUCUGAUCCUCCACCUCCCAGGACUGUCAGCCCAACAGGUAGGGGUUGGGAUUUCGGUAAUCUUGUUUUACCAGCCAGUUCUUUCUGUGGAACUUGUUAUAUUUGGUAGUAUUUAGCCUGGGGAGGAUGAGGUUAGGGUUUGGGAAGUUUAUUCCGUAAUGCAAACUUUGCAUACAAAAUAUUAUUUAAUAGAGUAUUUAUUAACGUUGCUUUCCCUGCCUGCAGGUGGCGAUCUGUGCGGGGUACAUUGCCCUGCAGGCAGAGCUGGAAGUACUGGUGGUUAAGCUGGAGAGACUUCCUGGCGCCGCCCCUACCCAGAAGCCAGCUGACAAGGAGUUCCAGGACCACUCUCUGGUCCCGAAGGAUAUGAUCACUGGAGCAGAACACGACAAUGAGAUAGGUAACACGACAAGCGCCACACAGUAUGUUUCAUGAUUAACUACUCAUGGUGUGAUUGUGGUAAUGUACAGGAACUCACCCGACCUAGAAUAUCUCACAAUCAAAUACCGACCGCAUGACCUCCCAAGAGAAUUAUCUUCGGUCAUCGUCACAGCCGUGUAAAUUCCCCAUCAAGCCGAUACCACGAUGGCUCUCAAGGAACUACACUGGACUUUGUGCAAACUGGAAACUGCACAUCCUGAGGCCGCAUUUAUUGUAGCUGGGGACUUUAAUAAAGCAAAUCUGAAGAAAACGUUACCGGAGUUCUAUCAACACAUUUCCUGCGCCACUUGCACUUCAUAAACUCUCGACCAUUGCUACUCUCCCUUCCGGGACGGCUACAAGGCCCACCCCCACCCUCCCUUCAGCAAAUCAGAUCAUGCCUCCAUCCUGUCCUCCCUUUCUAUAGGCAGGAACUCAAACAGGAAGUGCCCGUGGUAGGGACUGUUCAACGCUGGUCUGACCAAUCGGAAUCCAUGCUUCAAGAUUGUUUUGAUCACGCGGACUGGGAUAUGACGGGUUGCCUCUGAGAAUAACAUUGACGCAUACACUGACACGGUGACUGAGUUCAUCAGGAAGUGUAUAGGGGAUGUUGUUCCCACUAUGACUAUUAAAACCUAUCCAAAUCAAAAACGUGGAUAGAUGGCAGCAUUGGCGCGAAAACUGAAAGCGCGAACCACCGCAUUUAACCACGGCAAGGUGACUGGGAAUAUGGUUGAAUACAAACAGUCCAGUUAUGCCCUUUGUAAGGCACUGUAACAGGCAAAACGUCAGUACAGAGACAAAGUGGAGUCACAAGUUAACGGCUCAGACACGAGACGUACAGUGCCUUUGGAAAGUAUUCAGACCCCUUGACUUUUUCCACAUUUUGGUAGGUUACAGCCUUAUUCUAAAAUUAAUUAAAUUGUUUUUUCCCCUCAUCAAUCUACACACAAUACUCCAUAAUGACAAAGCCAAAACAGGAUAUAGAGAUUUAUGCCUAUUUAUCUUUUUCUUUUUUUUACUUAAAUAUUACAUAUACAUGUGUAUUCAGACCCUUUACUCAGUAAUUGGCAGCGAUUACAGCCUCGAGUCUUCUUGUGUAUGACGCUACAAGCUUGGCACACCUGUAUUUGGGGAGUUUCUCCCAUUAUUCUCUGCAGAUCCUCUCAAGCUCUGUCAGGUUGGAUGGGGAGCAUUGCUGCACAGCUAUUUUCAGGUCUCUCCAGAGAUGUUCGAUCAGGUUCAAGCCCGGGCCCUGGCUGGGCCACUCAAGGACAUUCAGAGACAUGUCCCGAAGCCACUCCUGCGUUGUCUUGGCUGUGUGCUUAGGGUUGUUGUCCUGUUGGAAGGUGAACCUUCACCCCAGUCUGAGCUCCUGAGUGCUCUGGAGCAGGUUGUUAUCAAGGAUCUCUCUGUACUUUGCUCCAUUCAUCUUUGCCUUGAUCCUGACUAGUCUCCCAGUCCCUGCCGCUGAAAAACAUCCCCACAGCAUGAUGGUGCCACAACCAUGCUUCACCGUAGGGAUGGUGCCAGAUUUCCUCCAGAAGUGACCAUUGGCAUUCAGGCCAAAGAGUUCAAUCUUAGUUUCAUCAGACCAGAGAAUCUUGUUUCUAAUGGUCUGAGAGUCUUUAGGUGCCUUUUGGCAAACUCCAAGCGGGCUGUCAUGUGCCUUUUACUGAGGAGUGGCUUCCGUCUGGCCACUCUACCAUAAAGGCCUGAUUGGUGGAGUGCUGCAGAGAUGGUUGUCCUUCAGGAAGGUUCUCCCAUCUCCACAGAGGCACUCUUGAGCUCUAUCAGAGUGACCAUCGGGUUCUUGGUUACCUCCCUGACCAAAACGUGUUUUUUUUUUUUUUUUACUGCGGGUUUCUAUUUAUUUAAUCUAUUUUAGAAUAAGGCUGUAACGUAACAAAAUGUGGAAAAAUUGAAGGGGUCAGAAUACUUUUUGAAGGCACUGUAUGUGGCAGGAACUCCAGACAAUCACGGAUUAUAAAGGGAAAAGCAGCCACAUCGCAAACACCGACGUCUUGCUCCCGGACAAGCUAAACACCUUCUUCGCCUGCUUCGAGGGAAACACAGUGCUGCCGAUGCGGGCCACCACACAGUCCUCGUGGGCGGUGGGGGCCCACAUCGGUGGCUUUUCCUCAAAGCGGGCGAAGAAGGUGUUUAACUUGUCCGGGAGCGAGGCUUUUCCUUUAUAAUCCGUAGUUGUCUGGAGUCGUUGAAUUGUGACUGUGCUGUCAAUUUGCCUCUUUGAUUGCCGGAGUUCAUAGCUGUUCUGUUUAUACACAUCCAUGUUCCCAGUCACCUUGCCGUGGUUAAAUGCGGUGGUUGGUGCUUUUUUCAAAUGCUGCCAUCUGUCCAUGGUUUUUGAUUUGGAUAAAUUCGAAUCGUCACAGUAGGAACAGCAUCCUCUAUGCACUUCCUGAUGGACCCAGUCAUGGAGUCAGUGUAUACGUUGAUACUAUUCCCAGAGGCGAUCCGCAACAUUUCCCGUCCACGUGAUCAAAACAGUCUUGAUGCAUAGAUUCCGAUUGUUUAGACCAACGUUGAACAGUCCUUACCACGGGUUCUUCCUGCUUAAGUUUCUGGCUAUAGGCGGGGAGGAGCAGGAUGGAGGUGUGAUCUGAUUUCCCAAAGGGAGGGCUGGGGUGGGCCUUGUAGCCUUCCCGGAAGGGAGAGUAACAAUGGUCAAGCGUGUUCUCUCCGCGUGUAGCACAGUUGUUCUCAGAUUUCCUUUAUUAAAGUCCCCAGCUACAAUAAAUGCGGCCACAGAUGCUGCAGAUACUACAAACUUCACCAAAAAUGGUAUGGUUGUAUAUUCUGUCUGAUUGGGUUGUGUUUACAUUGUCUUUGUAUUCCCCAGAGGUGAGGAAAGAGGGUCUAGCCGGUCACCUUGAUCAGGAUGACUUCUUCAUAUUCCCUAAGCACCAGGAGCUGCUGGGGGACAGGGCCAAGGACUGUGGGGUCAAGGUCUCUCUGGAGUGGACAAGCAUGGAGAGUGAGGCCAGGGGCAUCCUCGCUAUCACUUAUAUCUUAUACAGGUGUGGAUGUACAUGUGGGAGCUGUUGUCGUGUAGUAUGUGUCUGUGUGUGUGUCUCUAAGUGUCUGUGUUUGCGUGCUACGUGCGUGUGUACUAGGGGUUGGUCUCAUUCUAUUGGGUCUCCCCUCUCAAGGCGUUUUGCUCCAGACUUCUUCCAAGGCUGCAGUGUAGAGGAGACCCGCCUGCACUCCCUGCAGUUCCACCCUGUGUUCACCAGUGAGUCAUAACUUAUUUACACUGUUCCUGCUUAUUGAAGUAACAUGUACUGUAAAUACAUAGGUAGGUAGGAGGCACACAUACAGUAUCUCACAAAAGUGAGUACACACCUCACAUUUAUGUAAAUAUUUGAGUAUAUCUUUGCACUGAAUAAAUGACACUUUGCUACAAUGUAAAGUAGUGAGUGUACAGCUUGUAUAACAGUGUAAAUUUGCUGUCCCCUCAAAAUAACACAACACACAGCCAUUAAUGUCUACACCGCUGGCAACAAAAGUGAGUACAACCCUAAGUGAAAAUGUCCAAAUUGGGCCCAAAGUGUCAAUAUUUUGUUUGGCCACCAUCAUUUCCCAGCACUACCUUAACCCUCUUGGGCAUGGAGUUCACCAGAGCUUCACAGGUUGCCACUGGAGUCCUCUUCCACUCCUCCAUGACGACAUCACGGAGCUGGUGGAUGUUAGAGACCUUGCACUCCUCCACCUUCCGUUUGAGGAUGCCCCACAGAUGCUCAAUAGGGUUUAGGUCUGGAGACAUGCUUGGCCAGUCCAUCACCUUUACCCUCAGCUUCUUUAGCAAGGCAGUGGUCGUCUUGGAGGUGUGUUUGGGGUUGUUAUCAUGUUGGAAUACUGCCCUGCGGCCCAGUCUCCGAAGGGAGGGGAUCAUGCUCUGCAUCAGUAUGUCACAGUACAUGUUGGCAUUCAUGGUUCCCUCAAUGAACUGUAGCUCCCCAGUGCCGGCAGCACUCAUGCAGCCCCAGACCAUGACACUCCCACCACCAUGCUUGACUGUAGGCAAGACACACUUGUCUUUGUACUCCUCACCUGGUUGCCGCCACAAACGCUUGACACCAUCUGAACCAAAUAAGUUUAUCUUGGUCUCAUCAGACCACAACAUGGUUCCAGUAAUCCAUUUCCUUAGUCUGCUUGUCUUCAGCAAACUGUUUGCGGGCUUUCUUGUGCAUCAUCUUAAGAAGAGGCUUCCUUCUGGGACGACAGCCAUGCAGACCAAUUUGAUGCAGUGUGCGGCGUAUGGUCUGAGCACUGACAGGCUGACCCCCCACCCCUUCAACCUCUGCAGCAAUGCUGGCAGCACCCAUACGUCUAUUUCCCAAAGACAACCUCUGGAUAUGACGCUGAGCACGUGCACUCAACUUCUUUGGUCGACCAUGGCGAGGCCUGUUCUGAGUGGAACCUGUCCUAUUAAACCGCUGUAUGGUCUUGGCCACCGUGCUGCAGCUCAGUUUCAGGGUCUUGGCAAUCUUCUUAUAGCCCAGGCCAUCUUUAUGUAGAGCAACAAUUCUUUUUUUCAGAUCCUCAGAGAGUUCUUUGCCAUGAGGUGCCAUGUUGAACUUCCAGUGACCAGUAUGAGGGAGUGUGAGAGCGAUGAAACCAAAUGUAACACACCUGCUCCUCAUUCACACCUGAGACCUUGUAACACUAACGAGUCACAUGACACCGGGGAGGGAAAAUGGCUAAUUGGGCCCAAUUUGGACAUUUUCACUUAGGGGUGUACUCACUUUUGUUGCCAGCGGUUUAGACAUUAAUGGCUGUGUGUUGAGUUAUUUUGAGGGGACAGCAAAUGUACAGUGUUAUACAAGCUGUACACUCACUACUUUACAUUGUAGCAAAGUGUCAUUUCUUCAGUGUUGUCACAUGAAAAGAUAUACUCAAAUAUUUUCAAAAAUGUGAGGUGUGUACUCACUUUUGUGAGAUACUGUAUUGUAAAGUAGGACCUAUUUCUACAUUCCCUCCUUCACUCCUCAUCCCUCUAUGUUCUAUUGGUCUUCUCUCCCUGACAACCAGGUAACCAGGAAGUGUGUGUGGAGGGGGGUAGAGGGGUGGAGCCGACGUGUGUGUUCUGUUUCUUCUCGCUGCCCAACACGGGCUACGUGUACAGCGUGAGGGGCGGGGUGGAGAUGGUCUCAGUCUAUCAGUAUCCGGAGAAAGCCCAGCAGGCCGUCCUCACUGACCUCUUCCUCCACAUCAUCACCAAGUAAGGACAGGACUGGACUGGGCCUCUCGAGAAAGAAUACAAAGUCCAUGAGACUGAUAUUACUGAUUGAUUAAUUGAUUGAUUGAUUGAUUGUUUGAGUCUGGUCUUAUCUACCUCUUCUAAAUGUAAUAGUACCUGUGUGUUUGUCAGGAAUGCUCUCCAGUGUUUCUCAGUGAGGUGUGCUGCAGUGGCAGCCAGAGCUGAGGACCCUUACAUCGAUACCACCAUGAAGGUGAGGAUCACUCCACUGCCCUUAGCUAAUGGAGACAGAUCAACCCCGCUAACACCUACUGCUUACACCUACAUCUAUGCCUUAGACCUCCUCCUUAUUGAUCUGAAGGAUGCUUUGACUGUGGCUUCCCUUCUUGUGUGUGAUUGGCUGUGCUCUGAUUGGCACUGCUACACAAUGAGACAGGAAGCCAUUAAAGUGGAUCAGAGCUUCUGCAGAUCUACAGAUGGCUGGCUGCUUGGCUCAGAUCAGUGUGUUACAUUCACAAAGAUGGAGGAGCUGGAAAGGGCUCAAAUUGACAACCACUUACACAGUUGCAUCUGGUCACAAGAAUCUCAUUGUUUUAUGCAGUGUGUGUUUGUGUCUAUGCAUGUGCAAAAUAAUUGCUGCUAUAGCUAUUUUCAAAGUAUUUCUGACGUUUUGUUUCAUAGCGGGUAGCUAAUCACACAAAGAACUACAAAGAGUCCCAUAUUUCCCAGAGUCUCGCGCAGCAACAGUGCCAGGGGUGCUGUGCCCACCGUGUGUGAAGUGCUGAAAGAUUCAUUUUUAGAAGUGCAUAGAAGUUGAUCGAAUUUACCCGAAAGGCUACUAAAGUGUGACUUUGUCUUCGUGUUUCUUGGCUAUUUACACUGCCCUGUGAGCCAUAUAAAAAUAAAAAAAAUGUAAGCCUACCUUCAGUUUCUAGUUUCCUAGUGUAAGACCAUAACAUCUGCAAGAAACGGUUGGCAUGUAACAGCAUUAAUGUGAUUACUUUAAUGAAUCCCAAAGAUACACAAGUGUAAUUACAAUUUCACCAACUAAACAUAAACAAUCACCAGGUAAUAAAAGUAGCUGAAGUGUAACUGGCUGUUGUGUUGUGUGCAGGCCUGUCCCCCCAUCACCAUGGAGGUGAGUGCUUUGCGUAUCCAGCUGUUCAUUGGUCUAAAGGCUCUGUGUCACGAUCGCCACCACAUCGUCCUGCUGACCGCUGCAGACGUGGAGACCAGGGAGGUCACAGAGAGGGCUGCACGCAGGAGCCUGUAGGUCACACACACACAGUCAGAGACUGUAGCUAGAGCUACACUUGAUUAGAAAGGAAAUAUACCUGUGCAGUUGACUCAAAUCAAACUAAAUACUGCUUCAAAAUCUGACCAAUUCAAAUUACGAGAAUGCUAUAGAUCUAUGGUAAGAUAUCUGAUCUAGGGCUGGCCGAUAUAUCAUAUUUUAAGGUAUACCGGUAUUGAUCCACAUACCGGUAUUACUUUUUUCAAUACCAUCUAUAAUGGUAUUUUGAUACAGUGCUAAAUUCAUGAAAAGUUACUUCACUGUCAGUUUUGUCCUAGUUAGGUUGAGUAUAAAACAAUCAGAAUGGAAAAGCCCAUUAAAACCACUUAGAAUUCAUUUGUUGCCAUCCUAGGGGUUGUGCACUGCUCAUAAAACACAUUUAGAACUUAUAUUAUUCAGAAACAUAAAAUACUGUCAAAAAUGUAAAAAUAUUGUGAUACGAUAUUUUGGCAUAUCACCCAGCCCAAAUCUGAUCCUACCCAUAGAACAACUUGCUGUGUAGCACAAUUAAACAAACAUUCAGUCACUACACACAUCCAUCAUUUAGCACUGAAACUGCACUUUAUUUCUUCACAUUUGUGUUCAAAAGAUUGCAUUCGGAAAGUAUUCAGACCCCUUGACUUUUUCCAUAUUUUGUUACAGCUUUAUUUUUAAAUUGAUUAGAUUGUUUUUUCCCCCUCAAUCUACACACAAUAUCCCAUAAUGACAAAGCAAAAACAGGUUUUUAGAAAUGUUUGCAAAUGUAUUAAAAAUAAAAAACGGAAAUAUACAUUUACAUACAGUGGUGUGAAAAAGUGUUUGCCCCCUUCCUGAUUUCUUAUUUGUUUGCAUGUUUGUCACACUUAAAUGUUUCAGAUCAUCAAACAAAUUUAAAUAUUAGUCAAAGAUAACACAAGUAAACACAAAAUGCAGUUUUGAAAUGAAGGUUGUUAUUAUUAAGGGAAAACAAAUUCAAACCCACAUGGCCCUAUGUGAAAAAGUGAUUGCCCCCUACAACCUAAUAACUGGUUGGGCCACCCUUAUCAGCAACAACUGCAAUCAAGCGUUUGCGAUAACUUGCAAUUAGUCUUUUACAGCGCUGUGGAGGAAUUUUGGCCCGCUCAUCUUUGCAGAAUUGUUGUAAUUCAGCCACAUUGGAGGGUUUUCGAGCAUGAACUGCCUUUUUAAGGUCAUGCCACAGCAUCUCAAUAGGAUUCAGGUCAGGACUUUGACUAGGCCACUCCAAAGUCUUCAUUUUGUUUUUCUUCAGCCAUUCAGAGGUGGACUUGCUGGUGUGUUUUGGAUCAUUGUCCUGCUGCAGAACCCAAGUUCGCUUCAGCUUGAGGUCAAGAACAGAUGGCCGGACAUUCUCCUUCAGGAGUUUUUGGUAGACAGCAGAAUUCAUGGUUCCAUUUAUCACAGCAAGUCUUCCAGGUCCUGAAGCAGCAAAACAGGCCCAGACCACACUACCACCACCAUAUUUUACUGUUGGUAUGAUGUUAUUUUUCUGAAAUGCGGUGUUAUUUUACGCCAGAUGUAAUGGGGGACACACCUUCCAAAAAGUUCAACUUUUGUCUCGUCAGUCCACAGAGUAUUUUACCAAAGGUCUUGGGGUCAUCAAGAUGUUAUCUGGCAAAAAUGAGACGAGCCAUAAUGUUAUUUUUGCUCAGCAGUGGUUUUCGUCUUGGAACUCUGCCAUGCAGGCCAUUUUUGCCCAGUCAUGAACACUGACCUUAACUGAGGCAAGUGAGGCCUGCAGCUCUUUGGAUCUUGUUGUGGGGUCUUUUGUGACCUCUUGGAUGAGUCGUCACUGCGCUCUUGGGGUAAUUUUGGUCGGCCGGCCACUCCUGGGAAGGUUCACCACUGUUCCAUGUUUUCGCCAUUUGUGGAUAAUGGCUCUCACUGUGGUUCGCUGGAGUCCCAAAGCUUUAGAAAUGGCUUUAUAACUUUUCCAUACUGAUGGAUCUCAAUUACUUUCUUUCUCAUUUGUUCCUGAAUUUCUUUGGAUCUCGGCAUGAUGUCUAGCUUUUGAUGAUCUUUUGGUCUACUUCACUUUGUCAGGCAGGUCCUAUUUAAGUGAUUCCUUGAUUGAGAACAGGUGUGGCAGUAAUCAGGCCUGGGUGUGGCUAGAGGAAUUGAACUCAGGUGUGAUAAACCACAGUUGAGUUGUGUUAUAACAGGGGGGGCAAACACUUUUUCACACAGGGCCAUGUAGGUUUGGAUUUUGUUUUCCCUUAAUAAUAACAACCUUCAUUUCAAAACUGAAUUUUGUAUUUAAUUGUGUUAUCUUUGACUAAUAUUUAAAUUUGUUUGAUGAUCUGAAACAUUUAAGUGUGACAAACAUGCAAACAAAUAACAAAUCAGGAAGGGGGCAAACACUUUUUCACACCACUGUAAGUAUUCAGACCCUUUACUCAGUACUUUGUUGAAGCACCUUUUGCAGCGAUUACUGCCUCUAGUCUUCUUGGGUAUGACACUACAAGCUUGGCACACCUGUAUUUGGGGAGUUUCUCCCAUUCUUCUCUGCAGAUCGUCUCAAGCUCUGUCAGGUUGGAUGGGGAGCGUCGCUGCAAAGCUAUUUUCAGGUCUCUCCAGAGAUGUUCGAUGGGGUUCAAGUCCAGGCUCUGGCUGGGCCACUCAAGGACAUUCAGAGACUUGUCCCGAAGCCACUCCUGCAUUAUCUUGGCUGUGUGCUUAGGGUCGUUGUCCUGUUGGAAGGUGAACCUUCGCCCCAGUCUGAGGUCCUGAGCCCUCUGGAGCAGGUUUUCAUCAAGGAUCUCUCUGUACUUUGCUCCGUUCAUCUGACUAGAUCCUGACUAGUCUCCCAGUCCCUGCCGCUGAAAAACAUCCCCACAGCAUGAUGCUGCCACCACCAUGCUUCACCGUAGGGAUGGUGCCAGGUUUCCUCCAGACGUGACGCUUGGCAUUUAGGCCAAAGAGUUCAAUUUUGGUUUCAUCAGACCAGAUAAUCUUGUUUCUCAUGGUCUGAGAGUCCUUUAGGUGCCUUUUGGCAAACUCCAAGCGGGCUGUCAUGUUCCUUUUACUGAGGAGUGGCUUCUGUCCGGCCACUCUACCAUAAAGGCCUGAUUGGUGGAGUGCUGCAGAGAUGGUUGUCCUUCAACUCUAGGAAGAGUCUUGGUGGUUCCAAACUUCUUCCAUUUAAGAAUGAUGGAGGCCACUGUGUUCUUGGGGACCUUCAAUGCUGCAGAACUUUUUUGGUACCCUUCCUCAGAUCUGUGCCUCGACACUAUCCUGUCUCAGAGCUCUACGGACAAUUCCUUCGACCUCAUGGCUUGGUUUUUGCUCUGACAUGCACUGUCAACUGUGGGACCUUUAUAUAGACAGGUGUGUGCCUUUCCAAAUCAUGUCCAAUCAAUUGAAUUUACCACAGCUGGACUCCAAUCAAGUUGUAGAAACAUCUCAUGGAUGAUCAAUGGAAACAGGAUGCACCUGAGCUAAAUUUUGAGUCUCAUAGCAAAGGGUCUGAAUACUUAUGUAAAUAAGGUAUUUCUGUUUUAAAUUUUUUAUAAAUUAGCAAACAUUUCUAAAAACCUGUUUUCGCUUUGUCAUUAUGGGGUAUUGUGUGUAGAUUGAUGAAGAAAAUGUUUUAUUUAAUCCAUUUUAGAAUAAGGCUGUAAACGUAACAACAUUUUGAAAAAGUAAAGGGGUCUGAAUACUUUCCCGAAUGCACUGUUUCUCCCUUCCUGUGCUUUACAAUUGUGCCUGUAACUCUUAUUGUAGCGAAUGCAAAGAUCACCAAACCCUUACAGGGAUUUUCCUAGCGAUAGGUAUAGAGCCCUCCAACACAACCGGUCUGGAGAGCUUCCUGGCUCGCUCCUUCUUGUAAGUCUCCUGGCCCCUUGAUGGUGUAUCCCCCUGUAGUCCACCUAAAAUGUCCCUCAAACCCCAACCCCACUAAAACAACCCUAACAUCUCCCUGUGUGGCUAGUCACUAACAGUGUAUGGACUAAACAUAGGACAUCAGUGUUAUGAUAUCACCUACAGUGCUUUCAGAAAGUUUUCAAACCCCUUGAACUAUUCCACAUUUUGUUGAGUUAGGGGGCUGUGUAGAAAUAUACCCACCAGUUGAAGCUCAUUUACUGUACUCCUACACAAUUUUAAAACUCUAAAAUGCUAUUUGGAGAACAGCAAAAACACAGUAUCACCGCAAUGUUAGGUUUAUAGGUCUAUGGAAUGGCGUGUACAAUGUACUAGUCAACCUCAUCAUACAUAGGCUACAUUGACUCAUUUAGCCUACUUUUGGAACAGUGCAACGUGAAAUAGAUGCAUAAUACACAAUAUCAAGGCCGACUUCAAAUAUCAACAUUAAUGUGAAAAUAACCGGAGCAUUAAACAGCUGACUGUAAAUGCAAACUAUGCCAGAUAAAUCCUACACAUGCAUUGAAAUAAAAGGCAUAUGUCAAAGGAAUUACUUAGGCCUACAAUCGGCAAGGAUGCAUCAAGAUAAACAAACUCGACCAAGGAAUAAAGAAAAAUGUACACAUUAGGCCACGCCCGUGAUUUAGCACCGCUGAGUGGACAGUGCCUCGGUACAGGUAGGCAUAGUGGCAGCAUCUCUGUCUAGUAGCCAGCUAGAAUUAGGCUAUUCAGUUUGUGGGCAGUUCGACAUUUUCUGGGCAGAGUUAAGUAGACUACAAUUUUUAUAUUGAAAUCAUAACUGGCAGGCAGAUCUUUAGAAAUUGUAGGAUCAAUUGUAAAUGGUCACUCAUAUGAAAAAGGUUGCAGACCCCCUGCUAUAGGUUAUAUAAAGUCAUUUGGUAUUUGCAUGUCUGCAUUAUUCGCCAGGGAAGGGAAACAUUCUGAGAAUAUUCAAACAUUGUAUCAAUGAACGAGGCAGCAUUUUGUAUCAACAAGACUGCUCCGAGAAUAUUAAUAUUGCAACAUAGUAGCCAACUCGAAGGCGGCCCACAACAUUUUCCCCCCGGGCCAGCUUGUCUCUGUCUGAUAUUAUUGUGUUUGGUGCUCAUUAUAUAGAAUAUACAGGCACCACAUGACCACUAGAAGUAAGAAGUGAGGCCAGGCAUUCACAGAAGCAAAGUAGGGCAACGUGUAGGAAAUUCUGAUCCUCCAACAAGCUGACCCUUUCUCCAAAUCACACACACUGUUACACACAGGGGGCUUUCAUAUCACAUGAGAGUGCUUGGCACUGCAGCCAUGAGCUACUUAGGAAGGACAAGGAGAGGGAGUGUUUAACUGGCUAAUAACGUCAUGUCCGUUAUUAGCUGUAUCAGCUAGAGGCUAUACAGGACAUAAUAAUAAUAAUAAUAAUAAUAAUAAUAUGCCAUUUAGCAGACGCUUUUACACACACACACACACACAAUGGGUUCAGUACAUGAGUCUGUAGGCCUUGUGUGUUAACAUGUGGAGUUAUGAAGAAAAACAUGCAACAUGUUUGAUUCACAUUAACUCCAGAAACCCUGCCCUCAAUAACUUCCACUGGUGAUUGUUUUUGAUUUGUAGGUAGUCAUGCUAGCUAGUUCCUCAAACUAACCUCUAAGGAAAAGUUAAACUGGAAAAUUUUAACUGGAACUGAAACUAAAUGUUUGGUGGUCUUUUACCUCAUAGGUUUGUGCCACUCGUGAACUCAAAUUGCGCAAGACAGUUAGCAUUUUGCAUGGUCCACACCAGGGUCUACUGUAACCUCUUGUGUUUAAUGUUAUUGGAGCUGAGCUGUAGUUUCUGACCUAGAAGCUGUAAUAUCUGUGGCCCAGAAUGACCAGUGUUACAGAAGUGACUGGCGUUAUGGAGAUGAGCUGAUUGUACUUCCUGCGUCUCUGACCUCUGAUCCCAGGAACAGGAAGUCAUCCUUCACCAAGCCCCGGGAUCCCAGUGAGUUGAGUCAUGGCUGGAAUCUGUACGUGGUCAACACCGUCCCCCCACUCCAACUCUACAAUGAGAUGGUACAGCACCUCAACACCAGAACAACAUGUCAACAAAAGCCUUAACAUUACGAGACGUUACUCAUUUUUACCAUAAUUUUUUAUUUGGCUCUGUUGGUUGUGCUGAAUGAUACAUUUAUGCUGUUUAACUUUGCAUUCAACAAUGAAUAUUUUCUCUGGGCUAGGUAGAGUACAGUAAGAAGUAUGAGGAGACCAACCCUCUGUCUCAGAGCUGUCUGCACCUGCUCAGUGAGGCCCACCUCCUCCUGAGAGCCACGCUCCUGGACCCCCGGGUGGGAAACCCUGUAGACCAGCCUCAGAGCAGUGACCAGAACCUAGCCCAGUCCCUGGGAUAUACAGCAACAGACAAAAUAGGCAGCACCACUGACAGAACCACAGACAGACAGGAGCUGCAGCAGGCCUUCCAGGAGAGCUGUGCCCAUUUAGGAGACUGCUUCAGUAGGUCAGUUGGUUCAAGAUUGAUUGAUUGAUUGAUUGAUAUGUUUAUUUAUUUAUGGAUACAGUAUGUUAGUUGAUUGAUAUGCUAGUUGAUUGAUUGAUAUGCUAGUUGAUUGAUUGAUAUGUUAGUUGAUUGAUAGAUUGAUCUGUUAGUUGAUUUGUUGACUGGUUUGCCCAUUUGUCAACAACUAUUUUUCAAAUGUGUUACUGGUGUAGUUACUGUACACUUAAUGUAAAGUGUGACCGUCUCUUUCACUGAUGUGUAGGUUUGAUAAGCGUGACUGCCACCUGGCCCUGCCCUACUAUAAUAUGUCAGGCCUGUCUGUGACGGAGGUGAUCUCCAGGAACAGGUGUCUGUCCAGCAGCCCCUGUGGCUACGGGAAGGGGUUCCUCUUCUUCCUCAAACACUCACUCUAUGAGGAGACCAUGGAGGAGCUCACUGAGGUAGCUACACCAGUCCUUGGAGACCUCCAGCCAUUCCACAUAUUUGUUACAUUCCACCACUAGCACAUCUGAUUCAGUAGUGUUGAAUGUUGAUAGUCAAGGGUUCGUGCCUGUGUGUGUGUGUUGUAGGAGACAGCCAACGAGGUGCUGGAUAUCUUCGGUGUGGCCGAGCCGUCCCAGCUCCCCCAUGUCAUAGCCAGCCCCUCCAUGGUUAGAGCUAGCCCUGACAGUGGCCUGGCCCACCUAGAGCGCCUGGAGGCCAUCGGAGCUCCCUCUGUACCCCUCACUCUCUCCAAGGCUGCCCUGGCCCUCCGCAUGGGAGACCUGCAGCUCUACAGACAACACAUGGAUAGACAUACAGAGGUUAGUCUGUAUUGACUGUGUGUGUGUGUGUAUUGAAAUGUAGAUUCUAUUGUACUGUGAUGUUUUACUGUGGAUCUAAAUAAAGUGGUUUGUAUGUAGAUGUGGUAUAUGUACUACUGCGUAUUUCCAUGAUGUGUGUACAUUAAAAAGGUGCAUUAGGCAGAAAUCGCUCCGCCAUUUCCUGGUUGCUGAAAUUCUAAUAGUUUGCCUAAUUUCAUUUAUGUGACAAAACAAGCAGUCAUUGUGUAGAGAAUCAUUGUACCAUCUAAACCACUGUGAAAUUUAUUUUCCAUAACCAAAAAUAUUGUAUUUGAUGCCGGUGUACAAAACCAAAAGUAAAAGAUGCAAAAAAAACGGGAAGCAUAGAAAUAGCGCACAUAGAACAGAUCUACCACUUCUUAAACCUGCUUUCAAUGAGAAGGACAGAUCUAUAACUCAAAUUUCUAUGUACAUUUGGUCGUGUCGCCUACAAAGUUACAUAUUGCAGCUUUAACUGUCUAUGUACUAUAUACCUACCCAGAUGCUGCAGGUAUAUGGGUUCAUCGAGGAGCACAGACUGCUGCUGCAUGGCAGAGGGCACGCGGUGGUGCCCACCCCCCUGGCACGCCACCUCAGGGACAACCAGGGCGGUCUGCUGGUGGCAGCCAUGGUGGCGCUACAUGAGAACAACAAGGUCAAACUGGACGAGGCUGACCUCUUCUUCCAGGUUAGGGUUACAGUGUUUGUGUUGUAGGUCAUUCCUAUAGGAUUCCUGUAGGAUUUCCUGCAGGAUUCGAUCCUAAGUAUGAUCUUUAAAAUGUUAGAAUAUUUCAUGCUUUUCAUGUUUCAUUGUGAAUGUAUUGAAAUGUGUGUGUGUGUGUGUGUGUCCUGUAGGAGCUGUGUGGGAACCUGUCGGGGCCCCAGGGAGGCCCUCAGCUGCUGGUGGACUUCUGGGAAGCCCUGCUGAUGGCCUCAUCACAGGAAGCUGUCAUCCAGGAGCUGCUGUUCCGCCUUACCUCUGUCUACAUUGACCGCGUCACGCGCCGAGACAGCCACGGCAUGAAACCGCUCAAGACCACAGACGACCUGGUGUGUUUCUGUCUCUGUAGUUUGUAGUGUUCUUGUCACUAUGGCGUGAUGUUCCCCAGGGUUAAAGCUAGGAGGUAGUGGAGAGGUAGUCCCACCGUAAGACUGUCUUUGUAUCGGUUGUGUAUCUGUUGUUGUGUAGAUCAGGGGUUUUCAAACCCCUCCUCAGGGACCUCCAGAUGUUCCAUGGAUUUUAACUAUUUCACAGCCAGCAUACCGGAUUCAACUAGUCAACUAAUCAUCCAGCCAUUUUAUAGGUGAAUCAGGUGAGCUAGUUCAGGGCUACAACAAAAUGGUUUCUGUGUUGUAGAUCAACUCAUGUUCUCACUAUGGCGUGCCGUAUCCCUGGGUCAGCAUCCUGACUCCAGCUCACUUCAACAUCAUUCAAGAUGACCAGGAGGACCUUCAGAAACUACAGGUCAGUCGCUCUACAUCGUCAAUCAAUUCAUCAAUCAACCAACCAAUCAACUUGGAAAAUAAAGCUUUGUUAAGCCUUACUUGUAAAUAUGUAGGAUAUGUAAAUGUCCCACUAUGAUGAACAAACAAUAAACCAUCAAUGUCCCCUCCUCCCCAGUCCCUGCUGUGCGGUCCCACUCUGGACGUGUCGUCCAUCCUGCCCCUGUUGGAGCAGCUGCCAGACGGGGACAACGCGGGGCUCAGUGUGCACGUGCUCUGUGCCACCAAGCUGGGCCGCCACGAGAGCUCCAUUGAGAGGCUUCUGGACCGCUGUCCUCAGGCCAUCAUCCCCUACGCUAACCACGAGCUGCAGAAUAACCAAAUGGUGGGUACUGCUGUGCACUGGAACUCUCAUCCUGCUGUGAAACGCACUGCCCCAACGCCUCUGACCCAACUCCUCUGACCCUACUGCGGAACUCAUAGUACUUGCACAACCUUAAAUCCUCAUAACCCCUUACCUCAAUCCUAAGGUCUGAACUCUAACAUUUGUAUAACGUGAUUUUGUUCAGGCUCUGUGGUGGCAGAAGCUGUUUCCUGAGCUGUGUGAGAGAACCAGAGCAUCAGGGGGAGAGAACACCAUCUUACUGUCUGCACUCAAAGGUACACUUAGACUAGCCUGUGAUUCAAGCAUAGGGUUUAACUGUAGUAAAAAUGGGAAAUCUGCAGUUCAAACAAAAACAAAGAAGGCGCCCCACCACUGUUUUGGUAAACAGCUGAGGGAUGGGGCUGGAGAAAUGUAACCAGUCCCAAAUUAAGACAGCGCUAUGGAUGCAAGGACUGACCAUCCAUGUUAUCGAUAUUAUAGUUUUAACCAUCUUUUGAGGCGAUACAGUUUUUGUUUACAAUUACAUCGUUUACACACAAUGGACUAAAACAAGCGUAUAUUUUUGGUUCUGAUGGGGUACGACAGUUGAACUAAGAUCAUAAGGCAUGUAUAAGUUAUAUUCCUCAAUAAUCAAUGGGUAUAUCAUGGAUUUAAAAAAAAUGUAUGCAGUACUCGCAGAUUUCCCCUUUAAUAUUCAGAGCGUUUGGGCCUUAACAUCUCUAUUUUCCCUGACAACAGAAACGCUGGUGGUGGUUGCCAUGGAGCUGAACCCACUGGAGUUCCUGGACCUGUUGCCUGAUGACGGGACGGCACACUUUUUCCUGCCUCACCUGCUGAAGUGCAGCCAGAGAAAUCUCAUGACGUAAGAACCGCGUAGAACAGAUAUACAGUAGCUCUAAAAAAAAACAUUUAUUUCAUGGUACACCCAAAUUCUAGGACAGUUUAGGAAAAUGCUACAUUUUUGAAUAAGUAGAACAAGUGUCCGUUAAUCAAACAAAUCAUUCAAAUGGUACGCUGGUUUGAAUGGGAAUUUCCCUUCUACCGAUUCUAAUUCAAUAGAGGGUCCUAAACCUGGACCGUACAGGACAAUCAACCACCUCGAGUGUGGAGUGAGCCUCUCAAACGCUGUAGUAAUUAGUUAGAGAUUAUUUCCUGAUUUUACGACCUCACUUUUUGUACUUCUGUUCUAAAGUAUUGAUGCCACGUUCCUAGUCAUACCCUGCAGUGGCACUAGUCCUCUAUGUAGACUCCCCGAUACACUGCGAGACCUUUUCUUUACUACGGAGUAUUAUGAACUGGAUGUUAAAAGUUACACACUGGACUGUUCUAGCUUUUCUUCUGUUUAUUGGGUGAAGAGAUAAGAAAAGGUGGUUGAAUAACAUGGAAUGAAGGAAGCUUCUCUGAAAGCUAUGACCUCACUGUAUAACCUAUUCCGAUAUGUUUUGCUUUGGUUCACUGCAUUAAUAAAUGCUCUAAAAAGA